UGCUCGCGGCUCCAGAGCUCCAGACUCGCGGCCACGCAGAGACACCGACACGCAGGACGAGCCGCGGCUUCAGGUGCGUUCACACGGGGGUCGUGACAUCGAGUCGCCGGAGCGAGGAGAGGCCGUGAGAGGCCAAGAGAGGCCGAGAGAGGGAGCUGUGCGCCGGGCGCCGCUGCAGCUGGGAGCCCGGCUCGGCCCGGACAGGGCGGGGCGCGGGGAUGUUUAGGUUCCGGUAUAAAGGCAGCGACAUAAUGGGAACCAGACGAGCUGUGGAGCCGGCUGCUGCCGACGUUUCGUACCGGAGACUACAAUGAGAAGUUCGCCGUCGUGCUGUGAGCGGGCGGCGGUGUGAGCGUCAGGGGGAGGCCGCUGAAGGAGUAGGAGCAGGCGGAGGGAGAAGCGUGUGUCUGCGGCGUCGCGGCACCGCCACCCCCGCUAACAUGAGGACGCUAUUCACGCUCUGGUGUCUCCUCAUCACCGGAGGUUCGGCGCGGGCCACCGGGAACCUGACCGUGGACAGCGGCAACCGCACCGACCUGAGCCCCGGCGGAGGCUACCUCAGCAUCGGGGACGGGUCCUCGCAGGAGUUCGAGUUUCCUGAAAACACCAACGGAGUGAUCGUGAUCUCCAGCCUGUACCGGAGCCCCGCGGCCGGCAGGCAGGGCCGCAGGAGCCGGAAGCAGACGCUGACGGUCCGCUCCAUGGACCCGGAGGUCCUCAGCAUCCUCAACGUCACCGACAGCGGCCACGCGGGUCCCGCUACGAGCUACAUCAUCAGCAUCCGCUCCGGGGUCCCGGGCACGGCCCAGCUGCAGAUCCAGCUGCUGAACCUGGACCAGGACUCGGUGCCGGCUCUGGUCGAGGAGAGGACGGAUUACUCCAUCCGAGUGGCGCCCGCUGCCGAUGACCCGGCCAGCCGACUCAUCCAGUCCGGGGGCCUGUCCCAUUUCUCAGAGAACCCGGUGCUGUUCGCCCUGCUGCCCCUCAUCUUCGUCAACAAGUGUGCCUUCGGCUGCAAGGUGGAGGUGGAGGUGCUGCGGAGCCUGCUGCGGAGCCCCGUGCCCCUGCUGCUGGGGGUGCUGGGGCAGUUCCUGGUGAUGCCCCUGUACGCCUACUGUGUGUCCCGGCUGGCCUCCCUGCCCCAGGCCCUGUCCCUGGGCCUGGUCAUCACCUGCUCGGCGCCCGGCGGAGGGGGGGGAUACCUGUACAGCCUGCUGCUGGGUGGAGACGUCACCCUGGCCAUCUCCAUGACCCUGGUGUCCACGGUGGUGGCCGCCGCAGCCAUGCCGCUGUCCUCAGCCCUGUAUGGGCGGCUGCUGGGGGUCCACGCCGCCCUGCACGUGCCCUUCGUGAAGAUCCUGGGCACCCUCCUCUUCAUCGCCAUCCCCAUCUCGCUGGGCAUGCUGGUCAAGCUGCGCCUGCCCGCCCUCACCCGCGUCCUGCUGGCGCUCAUACGCCCCUUCAGCUUCGUGCUCAUCAUAGGGGGCAUCUUCAUGGCCUACCAAAUGGGGGCGUCCAUCUUGGCCAACGUCCGGCCCCAGAUUGUGGCAGUAGGGGUGACGGUGCCGAUGCUGGGCCUGGUGGUCGGUGCGGUCAUGGCGAAGGUGGCGGGCCUGGCCCCCCCACAGAGGAAGACGGUCAGCAUAGAGGUGGGCGUCCAGAACAGCCUGCUGGCCCUCGCCGUCAUGCAGCUGUCCUUCCGCCGGGUGGAGGCGGACUUCGCGUCCCAGGCGCCCUUCAUCGUGGCCCUCAGCAGCACCUCGGAGAUGCUGCUCAUGGUUCUGGCGUACUUCGCCCGGCGGAAGCUGUGUGGCUCUGCCGUCCCCGCGACUGACGCUUGAUUGUAGCUGCAGUUUGGUUCUGAACCCUCUCCGACCUGUGGACAUUUGGCGUCCCUCAGCUUUGGCGUGAAGACGCCCAGCACUCCCGACCCAGUGGUCACUGUGGUUUCACGCAGCAGUGAACAAACCUUUUGAGAUUCUUUUGUCCUCGUUUUCAUACUUUUCGUGAAAACCAAAGGCCUUUUACCCCCCCCCCCCCCCCCCGAGACCUUUUUGUGUUUAUUUUACACGAAGUACUUUUUAAAUCAGAUUAUACUGUGAGGUACUCUAUGUAAAUAUUCCUACCAAGAGAAAUACCUAUAAAAGAAAAGAUAUUUUUCUACCAGAUUACUUUUUGUAAUCAUAAAAGGCAAAAAAAACGGAUUUGUAUCAUGUUUACAAGAGGUCCAUGUGUCUUAGCCCGGGGGGGCGAGGAGUGGAAUCAUGUAUGAAUCAAACAGGAACAUGAUGAUGAUGAUUUGAAAGUUUAUUUGUUUAUUAAUGAUUGUGUUUCCUGGAUUUCGAAAUCCAAGUACUUGAAUAUGCGAGAAAGGAACUGAAGAUAAAAUGGAAUAAAAAACCUUGUUGAGUUGA